CUGAAGCUGUUGCCAAACAAAGCACCUCUCUUUCCGGCCUCGAUGUCGACGGCGGCGGCGGGCCUCAGUGCUGUCAAAAGAUUUCGUCUGCACGAGAUAAAAGGUCUCCGCCAUCACUUGAAACGAUAUGGUCCCCUUCCAGAAAAACCCGACGCGAAUCCUAAGGCUCUCCUGCUCCCUAAUCCGUUUCUCCCGCGAUUCAACCCAACGAGCGGUAGAUGGGCACCACCCAAGUAUUCCUUGCGACGCCAGGCGGAGCUGGUGAAACAGGCCAAGGUCACCAAGACUUUACACCUCCUUCCCCCAGGUCCCAAAUUGCGGGCGGCGGAGAUUCUCGCAGCUCCAACAAAGAGCCCGAGGCUGAAUUUGGACGAAAAGAAGAAAGCUUUACGGGGGGGUUGGUUAAGCAAGGUUGAAUGGGUUGGAAAGGUCAACGAGAAGCAGGUCAAGGGUGCGGAGAGUGGUACGCGGUUGUAUUCAGGAAAGAAGAGGAUGUUCAAGGGACACAAGUGGGAGCGCGUGAAGAGGCGCCGGUUCAACUACAAGAAGAUUUUGCUGAGGGACAUGGACCAACGCAUCAUGCGGUACAAGAGCUAUUACAAGAACAGGCGGCCAAAUCCUCUGGCUACACCACAAGUCAACAAGAAGGCCAAACUACCAUUCUAGUUCUAUCUGUGUCUACAAUUUCAUUCCUUCUACAUGAUAUAGUGCACAAAGAAAUAUAAGGAAGAAACAUGCCUCUCAUCAAUACGUAGGAGUGCACAGUCCCUUGGCUCGAAGUUUGAGCGCGUUAACUCUCAAUAUUGUACCACAUUCAGCGCAGUAUAUUUCGCAACCACUCACUUAUCAGACCUUGACGCGUU